CAUCCAACCUCUUUUCUCCGCGGGAGUGGCAUUGCGCGUUGUCGUCGUCACUCGCUGCACCUCACCCGCACCUCGCCCGCACCUCCCCGCUACUGCAUCACCGUGUCACGCUGCCAGCAUCGCGCGCGCACCCCCUUCCACGCGUCCUCCCCUACCACAUCCCCUCGACCAUUGCCUCGUCACCCCCUCCCCUCGCCCCCACGAACCCUGCCGCCCGCGAUCAAUCCCGAGCCAUUGCAGUGUGGAUCCAAGAUAUGCAUGGCUAACGAUGGAGUGGCACAGUGACGGCCAGCGCCCCCUCCUCCCUCAUCUGCCCACGCCAGCCGCCUGGGGACUGCCCAGCGCCUUGGCCGACUUUGACCGUCGACGCGCCCAGAGAGAAUGCGAAUUGCUGCUAAGAGACUGAGGGCAAGGCAUGUCUGAAAGGCCGCCCGCUACGGGACGGCGCACAUGGUCCCGCAUAACAUCACCCUUCGCCGCCACCAAGUCCCGCCAUAUCGCCGAGUUCUCCGUCAAACCCGAUGAUGAACACAAGCUGUAUGCGCCGGGUGAUACCGUGAAGGGACAUAUCCGGUUGCGGCUCACCAAACCCAUUCGCGUCACCCACAUUGUCGUGUGUCUGCACGGCUUCGCCCAGGUCUACAAGGCUGCGGGCACCCCCGUCGAAGCCCCCAAGUCCCCCGUCGGUGCCGCUGCCGGCCGGAAGAAGUUGGGCGAUGGCUUCGCAUCGCUCUUCGAGGAUGAGAGCGUGCUUUGUGGAGACGGCCGACUGGAUGAGGGAAUUUACCAGUUCGAGUUCGAGCUGGUCUUUCCCGACCGCAGCCUACCCUCCAGCAUUGAUUUCGAACGAGGCGCCAUCUCAUACAUGAUUACCGCCACGGUGACCCGCCCGAACACCAUGGCUCCCGUCGUCACCACCGACCGCAAGAUCUCCUUUGUGGAGACCAUAGACAUCUCCACUCUUGACCCUCCGAGAGCAAGAACGAUCACAUUAGAGCCGCUCUCCAAGCGCGCGCGAGGGAGAAACCUCCCGCGUAGAUCACCCGACCUAUCUGAAAAGGGAUCGCAUUCCGCUGGAAGCCCUUCAAGGAGCAGCGUCCUCCGUACUGCCGACAUAUCCGACGCAGCAAGUGCUCUGGCGGACCGUGGGGGCUCAAACAGCCCCGUGCUGAGCGAAAUCAGCCUUGACAGCCGCCUUAGCACUUCGACGCGAAUGGUGCAAACCGAUGCCAUGUCGCGCAGAUCGUCCACUCCUAGCGAUUCGGGCAAGGCAUACAGCAGCAAGACAUCGCUGUCGCACAAGGUCAUCUCCGUCACCAUCGAGAGUCAGGCUGGAGGGUGUUUGCAGGGCGAUUACAUCCCCAUUCGAGUCGACAUAUCGCAUACUAAACACGUACGAAGUCUCUACGGUGUGAUUGUAACGCUUUUCCGCCAAGCGCGAGUGGAAUCACGCCCCCUGGCCCCCGUGGGUCCCACGGAGAAGGGCAAGGCAUCCAAGGCGGACGAGUACUAUACGAAGUCGCUCACGGGGCUCAGUGGCCUGUCGCUAUCCGGCACAGCAUCCAGCCACAUGUUCCGGAAAGACCUGUGCCAGGUGGUUCGUCCGCUGUACAUUGACCCGCAAGCCCUCACCACCGAGAUCAAAGCGAGAGUUCGCGUGCCGGACGAAGCGUUUCCCACCAUUUCCUCGGUUCCGGGGUCGAUCAUCAGCUUCAAAUAUUACGUCGAGGUUGUCGUGGACAUUCAGGGCAAGCUGCAAAGCCUUGACAAGGGCAUUCCCAGUUUCACCGCACCCGGCGCGCCGGUGAAUCCCUCACCAGGGGACGAUAUGACUGCAGAACGCGUUGCCGCCACCUCAAUCAUCGACACCGCCCCGGUACGGCGCGACAAAGGCGUGGUGUCCGCUACGUUUGAAGUCGUCAUCGGCACCAAAGACAGCGAGCGGCGCAAAGGCAAGCGCCGGAUGGUCGACGCCGUAGUGGAGACGCCACAAGCAGCACCGCCGCAGACCGAAUCGCCUGCACCAUAUCCGCAAGCACACACGGAAGAGUCAGAUUACGGCUGGUAUCCGGCCAACGGCCACCAUCAGGACUACGAUUAUCGUGAGUAUGAUGGAUCGUAUGGAUAUAACGGGCAGUGGGAUGGGUACUACUCGCAUCAAAUGUACUCGGAGGGAGGCGACUACUACCAUCCGCCGCCGCCGCCUCCGCCUCCGCCCCCAGCCCUCCCACUCCCGCAGUUGCAAAACGAAUCGGAAAUGUCGGAGAAGCAGCGCAUCCAGCAAGCCGAGUUGCGUCUUCUUCCCAGCCAGCCACCUGGGCUUGACGCGGCGCCGCUCGAGGACGCUGUUGCUGUCGGAGGCGCUCCUCCGCGAAGCGCACCCUAUAUGCCGUCUGCCCCUCCUUUGGGACCUUCUUCAUCGGCAGCAGGGCCGGCGGGCGAAGCGUUCAGCUCUGCUUCGGCGCCAGCACAUUCCGCGCCUGCUUAUGCAUCUCAGCCUGACGUGCGACCGGCAGCAACAGAAGCAGCAGCACCGGAGUACACGACUACCGCAGGCCCUUCGACAGCAGGGCCCUCCAUCGCCACCGCUCCUCCGCAUGAUAUCCCGGCGGCAGGGCAAGAAGAGGCCGCCACGGCUCUCGAGCCCAGCGCGCCCACCUUGGACGAAGUGGAUGUCGGAGCAAGGGCCGGCUCAUCGAGCAGCUAUCACGAUAGUCAUGCCGAUGCGGCUGCGUCGUCGGAGCUGCCGCGAUAUGAACGAUAAUACUAGCGAGGGCGUUUGGGGAGUUUUUUGAGAUUGCUAGGACAGAGAGACCUGCUGUUGAUAUUUUGAGGAUUUUACCUUUGUUAACUGUGACCCUAGUGACGGGAAGAUGAUGAAUCUGGGUACUGGACGGGAGGGGUUUGGGAGUUGACACUGGGAGCAGUGGAGGAGAUACCCGCGGGUUGAGGAUGGCUCGUUUGUGAAGUAUUGGCGAAAAGCUAUCUACGUAGGCACGUGUCUGAAUGAUCAUCGCCGAGCUCUGACCUCA